UUUCCCUUUUUACCGUUCUUUCCGGUUAUCGUUUCCCUCUCAAUCUUUCCGCCCCCACCAUCCCCUCCUCCUCCGCCCCAAGCAGGAGCCAAACGGAUCGAAGUCCGCCGCGCACGGCGGUUGAUUCCGCCGCGAGCGAGCGACUGCUCUCUCUCCCUCCCACCACCACCGUCGCCUCCACUCGCCACCCAAUGAGAACCUCAAUCUCUCCGAACCGAACCCAGCUCAAUCACCUGCUAAUUCCCCAUUUCUUCUCACCAUCGUCGUCGUCGUCGUCGUCAUCGCUCGUCCGUUCUCUAUCACCCUCCUCUCAUCGGAGAAACCGCACUUUCAUCCACACCCAUCACCCGAAAUGGCUCCGCAGCGCGACCCACGUGGCGUUGCUGUCGGCCAGAACCUCCGCCGCUUCCGGGUCGGCGAGCUAUGGCGGGUGGGAAGACUUCGGGCCCUCUGACGGCUCCGGCCGCCCCGGCGAGUCGACCCAGUUGCGGAAAUUCUUGGUCUCUGUCGGAAUCGACGACCAGAGGCACGUGUUCAUGUUCGCCUUGGGGCUUGUCUGCGCGCUGGCCAUUUCUAGAGUAAGGGUUUCUUCCAUAGUCAUAUUCCCCGCUUGCGUCUCGGUUUUUGUGGUCGGGUUCUCGCUUGGUUUGGUUCGCGGCGGAAUUGUGGCAGAGGCGGUUGGGAGUAAGAGGCGGUCGAAAGAGGACGUGCUUAAGGUUUACGGCGAGAAGUGGCGGAUAUUGGUGGAUUUUUUGGAUGAAUUAGAUGUUAGAGUUAACCAUUUAAUGAGUGAUGUUAGGAGUUCUAUGGAGAGUAAAAGAGUUGGAUUGAAUGAUUUGGAAAGUUAUGUUCAAGAACUUCAGAUGAUCAGUUCAUCGGCUUCAAAUGUUAGAGAUAACAUGCGUGGCUCUUUAGCUAGUUCUGGGAACUCCAGCGGCUCGUUAAUUGAGAAUGAGAAGUCAAAUAAGAAAAGGAAAGACCAUGGACAAUUCGGGUUUCUGUUGUUGGAAUCCAUGGGGGGCCUAUUUAGUGGAAGUUUGGGUGGUCUAAAGCCUAACAAAAUAAAGGAUAGUAUGAAAGAAGAGAACCUGGGGAGUGUGGUGAAGGAUGAUGCUAUUGAAGGUGCUCCAAAAAUGGCAUCUGAAGUAAAUCAUGGUCAUAGAAGUUCAGGUUCAUACGAAGAUGUGGUACAUAGGCAAAAAAUUUAUCAGGGUGGAAGAAGAACAAGAGAGGUUAUGGAAAAUGGAAGUAUGAGUUUGGAUGAGGAGGGUGGGAGUACCAGAAAUUAUGUCAACAACAUGAGGAGGUCUAAUUACCACACAGACAGCUUUCAUUCCUUAAAUAGUCAAUAUGUGUACUCGAAGGAAAGACACAGUUAUAAAUCUCAAUCACAGGAACCCCGUGAUAACCAGCUUGAUUUUGUGGAUUUUGACAUGAAGACAAAACAUGUGGAAACCGAGGCUUCCAUUGUGGAAGACCAGUUGCUUCAGAAAUCUGAGAGAUAUUAUGCAUCUCGCCGAAGCAGCGAAAGGAGGAAGGUGCAAACUUACCAAUCUCAAGUGAGAAAAGAGACAAUGAAUUCCCAAGAUGAUCUCUUUUUUGUUGACCACCGGUCUGAACUCGAGGGAGAUGUUAGUUCGAUGUCCUCUCCCAAUAUUUUAGAUGACAUGGAGUUUGAUAGGUAUCUAACAGAAGCAAAUAACCUUCUAAAGCAAGCCAAGGAGUUGGUGAGGGGAAGACAUGAUGAAGAGCAUGCAGAGGCCAUCCUUUACGAGUCUGCGGGAUUGCUCUCUAGAGCGAUAGCCAUGAAACCGAUGAGCUUGUUGGCCGUGGGUCAGCUGGGUAACACCUAUCUACUCCAUGGAGAACUGAAGUUGAGAAUUAGUCGUGAUUUGAGAACUUUAUUAACAAGCGGCGAGUCAUACUUCGAGAAACGAGUAAGAAUUGGAGGCAGUGGUGGCCACCAUUUCUCCAGCAAAGAUAAAAUUGGGUCUGUCCUUGUUCAGGUGUGUGAAGAGUGUGAGGAACUUCUUGUAGAAGCUGGCAGAAAGUAUAGGCUUGUAUUGUCAAUUGAUGGGAAUGAUGCUAGAGCCUUAUACAAUUGGGGUCUUGCUCUAUCCUUCCGUGCCCAGUUGAUUGCAGACAUAGGACCAGAAGCAGCUUUUGACGCAGACAAAGUGUUUAUGGCUGCAAUUGACAAAUUUGAUGCGAUGAUGUCUAAAGGAAACGUAUAUACUCCAGAUGCUUUGUUCAGAUGGGGUGUGGUAUUGCAACAGAGAUCUCGCUUACGCCUGAGAAACAGUUCAGAGAAAGUGAAGUUGCUUGAGCAAGCAAAGAGACUAUAUGAAGAUGCACUCGAUAUGGACUCUGACAAUUCUCGUGUAAGGGAGGCCUUAUCCUCAUGCAUACUUGAGCUGGACUAUAAGCGCUCAUUGUAGCAUUAACAGCAGAAAGUCACAGGAAACAUUAUGCUUUCACUAUCUAUGCCCUAUGUGUUGGGCCUGAAAUUUUCUCUCCCCAAUAAUUAUCUGAAAACUGUGCUUUAGGCGGGGCACUCUUUUAUGUACUGCAUAUCUGUGUAAGUAGGUUAAUAAAUGAGGAAAUAAGAUGCAGGGCAAUUGAAGCAAAGCCAAAUAAUCACAAUAAAGUGACACUGUUUCUGUU